AGCUGUCAUUGAAAUGUUUGUAGUGUUUGUCAAAAGAGAGAUCAGGGUCCAGAGUAAAGCCACAGUCCUUUCAGUUUUAUUUGAGACGACUGUACAACCAUCAAGAUUAAUUGUCAGAUCCGGCAUCACCUCUACUUUAUUGCAGACAUGAAAUAAAACAGUUGAAGUAUAAAUAUUGCCAAGUCAUUUUGCUAAGCAAAGACAACGUGACAUGGGGAAGAGUGGGUAGGUGAGGCUGUGUUUUUAUGCCACUCCCCCAACCUCUAACUGAAGAGGUUGUGCUGUCUCAAAACAAAACUAUACACGCCACACUAAGAAGAGCCAACAUCACUGCUGCCUUGCUACUGUAUCAGUCCAGUGUGAAGACUCCACGGGAAGAAGCCAACUUCAAGACAGGCAAACCUGAAGAGGAUGGAGAUUGGUAGGAGCACUGAGAUGUAUCCACCCAAUAUAUGUGGGCGUCACUGUCUGGGGCCCCUGUCCUUCCACAUAGGGGCCUUGGGAACCGAUGUGUGUCUGAGUCUGGGAGGUAGACGUGUGGAGAGGGACAGAGAGACCUUCCAGAAUGGUCUGACUUUCAGCAGUCGUCCAAUCAGGGUCCAGGAGAAGAUACAUCUGCGGGUGGAAUGUUGUGACCAACACUGGCAUGGAGCUCUGCGGCUGGGCUUCACCAUCAUACCACCCUCCUCCUCUGGGCCCCUCUUCCCUCCUGCUAUGGCUAUCCCUGACCUCACCACCACCUACGGGUACUGGGCAUCCAUCGUGCCCUCCAGCCUCAUCAUGCCAGGGACAGAGCUCCGCUUCUGGGUGACCCGUCGAGGAAUACUGGUUUACGAGGGGCCAAAUGGUUUGAGGUACAAGCUACCGAAGGGGGUGGAUGUGACACGCCCCCUGUGGGCCAUGAUAGAUGUCUACGGACAGACCAGAGCUGUGCUCCUAUUGGGAUCAGAAAAGAAAGACUUAUUGAAGUUGCGGAUCCGGAGGUCCUGUCCUGUCCCUCCUCCUCCCUCUGUGUCUCAUAGGGACAGCUGCAUGUGUGUGAACGAGGAUCAUCCCUGUCGCACCCCUCAGGACUACAGGCUCUCUGCUGACCCUAUCCCUACCACAGAGAUAGACAACUCUAUAGAUCGUGAUUGCGUGGUCUGUCUAUCUGCUAGAGCUUCUGUGGUCCUUCCCUGCGCCCACCGCUGCCUGUGCCGUCGCUGCGCCCUGCGGGUCAUGGCCGAGUUUGGAAACUGCCCACUGUGUCGCCAUUCAAUCAGAUACAGCGAUGAGGACAGGGGGAUAAAAAGUUGACCAACCGAUGGGGAAAGGAGGGAGAAAAAGAAAGAAGAUCUAAUCAGCAUUAUAUUAGUUCAUAAUAUUGCAAACAUUUCCCUUAUGUUCUUUUUUAUACCUGUCUAUUUUUCACUGUGACUUAUGUUAUAAUGGAGGCAUGUAUACUACAUGUAGGCAUGAAUACUUGAUGAAGAACGUCUCACUGUAGAUGUUUUAUUUGUCAAUGAAUCCAAAUGUAAAUAAAUGCACCCAAAAUGAA